AUGCUUGAAUCGACCCGUGAGGGCAACGUCGUGCACGUUACGCUUAACCGGCCGGAACGACGCAACGCGCUUGAUAUGGACACGUUCAUCGGAAUCGACCGAAUCAUACGAAGUCUUCGCAGCGACCGCGCCUUACGCGCCGUUGUGGUCAGCGGUGCCGGGCCGGACUUUUGUUCCGGACUUGAUCUGAAAUCGAUGAUGAAUAGCCAACGCCGGGUGAUUCGGUUGCUGCGCAAGUGGUUGCCCGGCAACGCCAACCUGGCACAACGAGUAAGUCUAGGUUGGCGUCAUGUUCCGGUGCCCGUCAUUUUCGCCUUGCAUGGCCGCUGCUGGGGCGGCGGCCUACAGAUUGCGCUGGGUGGCGACUUUCGGAUCGCAACACAGGACUGUUCUCUUUCAGUGAUGGAGAACCGUUGGGGGUUGGUGCCCGAUAUGGCCGGCAAUCUGGCGCUGCGUGAACUAGUAGGUAAAGACGUGGCGAUGCGUUGGGCCAUGUCUGCUGAAGAAAUAUCAGCGCAAGACGCACUACAACAUGGUUUGUUGACCGCGAUCGACGCCGAUCCGGUGCGCGCCGGCUUGCGGCUAGCUGCUGAGUUGUCCGAGCGUUCGCCUGAUGCCCUUGCCGCGAUAAAGAAGGUUUAUCACCGACACUGGAACGGCAGCCAACGUGCCCUAUUGGCAGCUGAGACAUUCGCCCAGCUGGCGAUGUUUCGCAGCGCCAAUCAGAAAAUCGCGGUACGCCGUCAAAAGGGCGAACCCGACCUUCCCUAUCUAGCCCGAAAGUAG